AUGGCCAUCGCGCGCGUCGCGGCGUCGCGCGAGACGAUGCGACGGGCGAGCGACGGGCGGGUGAUCGGUGGACGCCUCGCCCGAGGCGUGCGCGCGGUGCGUCGAGAGCGGUACGUGCGAGACGACGUGUACGUGGGGUAUCACCACGAGGACGUGGAGGCGACCCAUCGAGGACCGGCCGGGGAGAGACGAUGGGACGUCCUGCGACCGCGACGUGGGGCGGACGGCGCGCGACGGAUCGCGCUGAUCGAUUCGAACGUCGCGUUGCAUCAGCUCGACGCGCUCGCGGACGGACGCGUGCGAGACGUGGUGAUUUGCGCGACGGUGAUGGAGGAGACGCGGGCGCGGAGUCGGUCGAGUUACGAGAGAUUGCGAGAGAUGUGUCGAGACGUGGAGAAACGGUUUUACGUCUUUAGUAAUGAACAUCACGGCGAAACGUACGUUGAAGACGUCGCGGGGGAGUCGGCGAACGAUCGGAACGAUAGAGCGAUUCGCGCGGCGGCGGCGUUUUAUCGCAGAGCGAUACCGGUGUCCGCGUGCGAACGCGUGACGCUGGUGACGAAUGAUCGAGCGAACGCGAGAAAAGCGCGCGAGGAGGGGAUCGAUGUCAUGAACGUGUUGGAUUGGAUGCGAACGAUCAGCGACGAGGCGAGUUUGACCGAUCUGGUCGUCCCGGGUGGAGGCGCGGAGAUUCCGGAUGAGCGCGAGUCGAAGCGCGCGCGCGCCGCGGGUUCGUCGAGCGCGCCCAAGUUUGACGAACAUCUCGACGCGGGUUCCAUCAAAGAGGGAUUGGCCAAGGGUGAAUUGGUCAAAGGAUUAAUUCGCACGUCGCUAUACAACCCGUUUGAAGCACACGUGACGAAUGAGGAAACGGGUGAGAGCGUAUUUUUGAGCGGCAGAGCGGCGAUGAAUAGAGCCUUCGAUGGCGACUCAGUCGCUAUCGAGAUCUUACCAGAGUCUGAAUGGCUUCGACCGGGAUCAAAGAUUGUUACGAGCGAUAUCGAGGACGACGCCGCGGCUACGACGUCUACGGAUGACGAAAGCGGCGGCUUAGCGCCAGAGACAGCCGAGGAGACGGACAUCGUCGGCGCCGUCGCGACCGGCGCGAAAUCGGGCGUCGUCCCCACGGGGAAGGUCGUCGGGAUAAUUCGUCGCAACUGGCGUGAAAGGGGUUAUGCCGCUUCAAUCGAUAUGGGGAAAGACGGAAAGGGGCCGAAAGCUACUGGGGCUGGGUUUACGACGCGCGUGCUUUGCGUACCGAGCGAUCGCCGGUUUCCAAAGAUUCGCAUUCAGACGAGACAGCUGGAGGGCUUGCUCGACCAGCGCAUUGUCGUCGUCGUUGACGAUUGGCCCGCCGAUAGCGCGUAUCCUGAGGGGCACUACGUUAAGUCACUCGGCGUCAUAGGCACGGUUGACGCGGAGACGCAGGCGUUACUACUUGAGAAUGACGUCGACGAUCGACCAUUCGCUCCGGCAGUGUUCGCGUGCGUACCGGCGUUACCGUGGAGAGUGACAGAGCAUCACCUCGCGGAACCUGGAAGAGAAGAUCUGCGAGAUUUACUCGUGUGUAGCGUCGAUCCUCCGGGGUGUAAAGAUAUUGAUGACGCGCUGAGCGCCAGGGAGCUCGAUGAUGAGCGCAUCGAACUUGGAGUGCACAUCGCCGACGUCACAUCCUUCCUUCAUCCCAACACCGCGAUGGACGAAGAGGCAGCGCGUCGUGGUACGACGACAUAUUUAGUGCAGCGACGAUUGGACAUGCUUCCUGGAGCGCUGACGACGGAUAUCUGCUCCUUGGUCGGUGGAGAAGAGCGCUUGGCGUUUUCAGCGUUCUGGAUCGUAAACAAGUCGACGAUGCUGCCAGACGAGACUAUCAAACCUCGAUUCACGAAGAGUGUCAUCAAAAGUGCUGCGGCGUUGACGUACGAACAGGCACAGUUACGCAUAGACGAUGCGACAUUGAACGACGAUCUGACUCUCAGUCUGCGGAGGCUUCGAGAUAUCGCGCGGCGGUUGCGCAAACGUCGCAUGGAGAACGGUGCGCUCACGUUGGCUUCUCCCGAAGUAAAAUUCGAGAUGGAUCAGCAGUCAAGCGACCCUCUCGACGUUGGUAUGUAUGUCACGCGCGAGACGAAUCAAAUGGUCGAAGAAAUGAUGUUGUUAGCCAACGUCAGCACCGCCGAGCGCAUCUUGGAGGCGUAUCCCGCUGCGGCCAUGUUGAGACGCCACCCGAUUCCAGAACAAAAAAUGUUUGAGCCUCUGCUUAAAACGGCUAAGGCGUGCGGGAUCGACAUCGAUCCCUCCACCAAUCGCUCGCUCGCCGCAACUCUUGACGCGGCUGUUCGUCCGGGAGAUUCGUACUUCAACACACUGUUGCGCUUACAAGCCACUCGAUGCAUGUCUCAAGCCGUGUACUGUAGCUCGGGUCAGUACGCCGGGCCGGAGCGGAUGCACUAUGGGUUAGCCAUGCCCCUGUACACGCACUUCACGUCACCGAUUCGACGCUAUGCCGAUGUCAUCGUCCACCGCCUCCUUAGCGCAGCGAUCGGACUGUGUCCGCGUCACGAGUCGCUAGAGAGCUCGGACCACGUGAAAGCCAUCGCAGACGUGUGCAAUAUUCGCCAUCGGAACUCCCAGCACGCGGGACGUGCGUCUGUCGAGCUUCACACGCUGGUUUUCUUCAGAAAACGUAAGAUCGUUGUCGAUGCGCGCGUUUUCAAAGUGCGUGCGAACGGUCUCAUCGUCUUCGUGCCAAAGUUUGGCAUUGAAGGUCCUGUGCUGUUCCACGAGGAGAAGAACGAUGCCGUACUAGAUGAAGACGCGAUGACCGUGACGAGUGGCGGAAAAACUUGGAAAAUAUUCGACCAAGUCACUGUCCAGGUCGAGGUGGAACAGUUACCGGCGCAUCGCAGUCGUCUUCUCAUCACCGUCGUCCCCGAUGAUACGCCUCGAGGAGAGGCACAGUAG